AUGGAGGGCGGAGGAGGUACACCCCCAGAAAUGCUCGAAGAAGAAAGUCAGUUAAAACAUGUUCUACCCACAAGACUUGAAGCAGACAGUUUGAAGAAAAGCAAUUGGGGGUUCUUAUUUACUGGGAUUAUUGGCGGGACAGUAGUGGCUAUGUAUGCUGUAGCUACUCCAUUUAUAACACCAGCCCUCCGAAAAAUAUGCUUGCCUUUUGUACCUGCAACUACAAGGCAGGUUGAAAAUGUGCAAAUGUUGCUAUGCAGAAGGGCGGGCCCAGGAUUCCUGGUGGACAUUGGUAGUGGUGACGGAUGCAUUGUGAUAGUGGCUGCCAAGGAAGGAUUCACAGCUGUUGGUUAUGAAUUAAAUCCAUGGCUAGUUUGGUACUCCAGAUAA